AUGCUCUUAAAGAAAAGAUAGUGCAUGAGAAAGAAGAUCAACCAAAUGAAUGGCAUUGAACCUUGCACAGAGGAAAAUUGUUAAGAAUGUGGGAAUUAAAGCAUUAAAGAUUAAGCAAUAGAAUAGUUGCCUCCAAUAACUAAAAAUUAGUCAAAAUAAACAUUAUUGAAAAAAAAUGAAUUCGAAGGUUUGUUUAAGCAUCCUUAACUUGAUAGUCCAGAAUAAGAACGCAUAAAUAAGAUAAUAGAGUAAACAGCCAGAACAUCAGAAUAUUAUCUUAAAGAAGAAAGUAAAAAGAAAGAAUGCUUAAUCAGGAUUAAAAGAUUUAGGAAUAAAAUCUAAACUUUAUCAUCAAAUACAAUUCAAUGGCAAAAAACUAGAGAAUUAGUUUCAGGGCUUUUAUAAAGGUAUGAGAAGGAUAGAUAUAUUGAUAGGACAUGGAUUUACAUUGAUAUGGAUAUGUUUUUUGCAGCGGUUGAAAUACGAGAUGAUCCCUCUCUAAAUGAUAAGCCAGUGGCUGUUUUUGACAAUAAAAUGAUUAUGACUGCUAAUUAUGUUGCUAGAAAAAGUGGAGUUCAUAGUGGUAUGCCAAAAUUUAUAGGUGAAAAACUUUGCAAGGACAUCGAAUUUAGAAAGGCUAACUACAGCAAAUAUAGACAAAUUUCAGAUGAGUUCAAAGGGAUUUUGUCUUAAUACGAUCAAAAGCUUGAAUCUCAGGGACUUGAUGAAGUGUCAGUAGAUGUCACUGAAUUUUUGUAAAAAAAUAAUAUGGAUCACAUGGAUGGAAGAAUAUUUCUAGGAGAAAAAAUAAGAAAAGAAAUAUAUGAUUCCACUCAAUUAACUGCCAGUUGUGGAAUAGCAUGCAACAAAUUAUUGGCAAAAAUCUGUUCAGGCAUUAAAAAGCCUAAUGGAAUGACAUACUUAGACUUUGAUUAAGAAGUAAUUUCAAAUUUUAUGAGAAAUCUCCCGAUUGACAAACUAAUGGGAAUCGGAAAAGUGCAUUAACGAGUUCUAACUGGCCUUGGUAUCCUCACUUGUAAAGACAUGGUAGAUAAAGCGACUGAAAUCUAUGUAAACUACAAUGAAAGCUAAUUUUAGUUUUUUUUGAAGUCGGCCCUUGGAGUGGAUAGAAAUUAUCAUGAAGAUACUAUUCAAAAGAGCAUUGGAGUUUCUUAAACAUUCAAGCCUAUUGUAGAUAAAAAGGAUCAUGAAGAUAAAGUUAAGGCUAUGGCAAUAGAGCUUUAUGAAAGACUUCUUGAAUCCUAACUUGUAGCAAAAACUCUAACUCUAGAAUUGAAAACAAGCAAAUUUAAUAUCAAGCAGAGAUCAACAACAUUUCACUAAUAUAUUCAAGAAAAAAAUGAUAUCGUUAGAGCUUCAGAAGAGCUUUUAAAUGUAAUGUGGCCUAUAAAUGAGCCAGUUCGACUUAUAGGUAUAAGAGGAUCUACUAAUUCUGAUGAAGCUCCUUAAGAUUGUGGCGACAGUAGAGUAAGCCUAGGAUAAGAUGAGGAUGUAGACUAGAUUAAACCAGAGGAGAUCGGUCUUUAUUUUGACAGAGCUAGGAUGAAUUCUAGUAAUCGUAGAGCAAUUGAUCAUUUUAAGGCUAAAAAAGCGAAAGAAUUAGGUAUACCGCCCACAAAUGAUGAAACAUAAAUCAAUCCUAAAUCUAAAGAUUUAUAGAGUACUAAUACAAUUAAUCUAUCACUUGAUAACUCAAAUAAAUCUAUCAGAGCGAAAAGAAAUGGGUGUGAUAUUACUAAUUUCUUAAGGAAAAAGCAUAGUAGCAACCCUUAAUCUGCUAAUAAAUAAAAUAAUAAUGUUGAAUAUGAAUUAGAUGAUUUGUUGAGCGAUUUUAAUCCAGACUAAAAGUAAUACAAUUAUGAUGAAGAAUAUGUUGAGCAAAAGUAGGAAUAUAAAAAUUUGAGAUUGACGGAGCGAGAAGAUAUUUUUGACUAUAAAAAAAGACACUUUUAAGAAAAUAAUUAAAAUUAUUGUAGUAAUCAGGCUGCAAAUGAACAAGGAAUUGAAAAUGAUACAGACAUGUAUUAAGAAAAUGAAAGAUUUGAGAAUUAUGAUUAUAAUUACGAUAAGGAUGAAUAUGAUUAGUAUAAAGAUGAUGACGAAUAUGAUUUAUUUGAAAAAGGUGACGAUGAAUUUAAAAGUACAGAGGAGCAGAUUUUUGAUAAAUAUAGCCAAGGGUAUAAAAGAUAAAAAUUAUAAUGA